CGGCCACCAGAAUGUUACGAACAUGCCUUCGGACCACCGGCAGGAUCAUCCGUGGUAGCUAUAGGAAUUGGUUCCCUGUCGAUCACUGUCCGAUCGCAGGAGCCGCGCAAAGAUGGAACCAGCUGGUGGAAAAUGUUUUAAGUCGUGGAAAAUACACUGAUUCUAGUAAAUAUAAGAGUGGCAAAGUGGCUGGCCAGCGUCACAAAGCGAGCAACAAGCGCACCAGCAUGCAGGACGUAGAGGACGAGGACGAAUCCAUCGAUAACGGUGCGAGCGAUGAGUCGAACCGAGCCCAACUGAUCGAUGACCGUGAGUACGAUUCGGUCGCUAGCAGUGCCAUGCACGUGACCAAACGCAUCCUAAACGCCCACAACGUGGUCAUCAUUCAACCGUACAUCAAAUGGGGUCCACGCAAGAGUGCCACCAAGCCGGAGCUGUUGCUACAGGAAGCGGAAGCACUAGUUCGUUCCCUACCAAGAUGGAACACGGUACUCAGCCUGAAGGUACCGGUGGAAACGCUCGAAAAACGGCAACUGUUCGGUAGCGGAAAGCUGGAGGAACUGAAAGCGGUGAUACGCGCUCAGCAGGAAUCCGGCGCUAUGUUGAGCUGCGUGUUUAUCAGCAAAGGUACUCUGACGUACACCCAGAAGCAAACGCUUGAGCAGGAGUUUCGGUUACCGGUAAUGGAUCGGUACUCGGUGGUGGUGCAGAUACUGCGUCUCCAUGCGGUCAGCAUGGAGGCGAAGCUGCAGGUUGCUUUGGCCGAACUGCCCUACAUCUGGUCGCAGGUGAAGGGACAAGAAGCCGGUUCGAAAGGACCGAUCGGAGGGGGUCGAGUGUUCCUAAGUGAUUCCCAGCGGCAGAUGCUACAGUUGCGAGAACGUAAGCUACGUCACGAACUGUCGGCGAUCCGUUCACACCGUGAGUUGCUACGCAACCGUCGCCGACAGAAAAACUUCCCGGUCGUAGCUGUAGUAGGCUAUACGAAUGCCGGUAAAACGUCGCUCAUCAAAGCGUUGACACAGGAGCAAAGCUUGCAACCCCGGGACCAGCUCUUUGCCACGCUCGAUGUGACGGCACAUGCGGGGCUCCUUCCUUGCAAGCUGCAGGUACUCUACAUGGAUACGGUGGGCUUCAUGUCGGACAUUCCGACCGGACUGAUCGAGUGUUUUGUGGCCACGCUCGAGGACGCAAUGUUGGCCGAUGUGAUCGUGCAUGUGCAGGAUAUGGCGCACGAGGCACAUUCCGAACAACGUGCCCAUGUUGAGCGUACGCUCGGUUCGCUGAUGCGUACUGGAGGUGAUCGUACGUUAACACCGGAUCGUAUCAUCAACGUUGGCAACAAAAUCGAUUUGGUGCCGGAUCCGAAUGCGAUCCUGCGUACACAAGAAAACGAAGAUACCUCUGAAGACAAUAGUGACGCACGGUUGCAUCUCAUCUCCUCCCAAACGCUGCACGGUGUGCACGAGCUUUUGCUCGAGGUAGAACGGCGGGUAUUACGCGUUACCGGACGACAGCGGCUUACGAUCCGUGUGCCAAUGGGUGGACCGGAGCUGGCUUGGUUAUACAAGAAUGCAGCCGUCACCGAAACGGCCGCUGAUCCAGUCAACGCCGAGCGAUUGCUAGUAAAUGCAGUCAUCUCCGAGGCCAAGUUCCAACAAUUCAGGCAUUUAUUUAUAGGAAGCAGGAAGCCUUAGCGGCACUUGUUGCCAUUAGGGACACCUCUAGGAUCUUUAAUAAAUUUAUCUCUGUUAGUAUGUUUA